ACAGUCGAGCCGUGUGUGUGAUUUCAGUCCUGGGGCCGCACGGCCGACAAUCAACAGGCGCCGUUUUUUCUCGAGUCGUGACGAUGGAGGCGGUGUCUCCAGCCGGAGAGCACAGGACCCUGCCUCCCACAGCAGAGUAAUUGGAGAAAAUGAGCGACAGGGAGGAGGGAGGAACGGGGAGCAGGAUGAAUAGAGAGGGCUGGAGAAAAACAGAGAAAGGAAGAGUCGAAAACAAAGAGGAAGGCGUCAGGAGUUUAAAGCUGGAGGCUGCGGUCUUGGCGCAGGAACACGUGGAGCGGCGCAGCAGCGACACAGGGGGAUGCCAGGAGCCGUGAUCCGACGUUCGUGCUCAAUUCCUGAAAACUUUAGUUCGCUGAGUUAUCUUAUGAUUAGGUGUAUUUAUUUUUAGCUUUCCGAAGAUUAGUUUCACUAGUUUCACUGAGCCUGGAACAGAUUGCCUGUCUGCUGGAGAUGCGCGGUGGUUUCUGGUGAAACCCGAGCGAACUGCGGAAAGUUGAGAAAUCGCAGGAGCUGAGAAGUUCCGAGUGUCUGUAUGGAGAGAGCCGCCGGGACCAGGGGCGCACGGCCCGGGGCGCAGUUUCUGCGGGAAUCGCUACUGGUUUGCGUCUUUGCUGGCCACAGUGUGGCGCAGUGUGCGGACUGCGUGGAGUACUGCUGUGACGGCUCGCCGCCCUUCUGCUGCUCCUACUACGCCUACGUGGGGGACGUGCUUUCGGGCACGGCGAUUGCAGGAAUCGUGUUCGGCGUGGUGUUCCUGAUGGGGGCAGUGGCUGGCGUCUUCCUGUGCGUGUGCAUGUGCGUGAAGAGUGGGCGUGGCUCCCGGGUGGGCGUGUUCAGAGCUGCGCACAUAAACACUGUGACGCAGGGAUACCCAGGCGCCCCUCCUCCCUACAGCUAUGACUAUGAGAUGAACUUCCACGAUGACCUCCCACCUCCCUACACACCCACCCCUCCCCGGACUCUGCACUACCCCCCGCCGCCUCCCUACCCUGGCUACAUCCCCAAAUAGCCUGCCCCUGUGAAGAGUGACUGGACGUGGAGUGAGAGCGACCGCCGACUGAAGAUGGCCGCCGUGUCUGCCCCACCUCCCCCUGCUGCAGCCAGACCAUCAGCCCCAAAACAGCCUGCGACUGUGAGGAUGAACUCGAACCAUGACACCCUCUUAAGUGAGGGGCCCCAGGACUUCUGAAAUCCACAGUGUGGUCAGACAGACCAGGACCUUGGUUCACCAGCUGGUCCCAGCACUGACACCGCCUACAGCACAGCGCCCCCUGGUGUCCUGCUGGGGCAUUGCUCCGACCCCUCCGAUCCCGAGGGAAGAGUGAGAGAACACUCCCUACUUUUCCAGCACCACUUCACACGCUGGAGCAGGCUGAUCAUCCUGAUCGCCACCAUCCCAGUUCUGAUCUGACCCUACUGACCCUGAUCCGGCGGUGUAGGGGGUGGAGCUGCUGUCUGAGCCCCUUCACUGGGGGUGGGGGGUGCGGGGCGGCGUUGAACUGAGACUCUCAUUGCGGAGCUGUUCAAUCCAUUUCAGGAUUUACAAGCUUCUGUCCCACAUCAGAAACCUGGGAUUUUACCUCUGCUGGGCUGUCUGUGAAGACAUACCAGCAGUGGGGUAGCAAGCAUGAAACAUCCAGCACCUGGUUUGGAUUUAUGUAGUAAAAACUUGCAGCUCUAAGUGGCUGAAACUGGCUCCGCUGCGAGUCCGCUCGCUGCCCCCGUGUAAGCGCAAAAAAACUGGCUCUUGUAGGAAGGGGGAAGAGCAGUAUGAGCGUGUGGGUGCAUCCCCAGUGUUGAAGAGCAGAGACUUGGGGAGCCAGCCAGCUGCUGGAGCCCAGAUGAUCUGGCUGAGGACUUCAGAACAGGAGGCCUCAUCUACUCACACAGGAAACGUUCGAUUCCAGCAGGCUUCUCCCUACAUAAUCCUGGGAUAAGGACAGCGUUCCCAAUCCCACUGGCUCCAAAAGAAACAAUAGAGCAUUUUCUCCAUGGAUGUGCUUUGCCUGUACCUGUCCCAUCUCUCUGCAGUUACGUGUGUAUGCCUACAGCUAUAUCUGUGAGGACCCAGUUUGUUCUUACAAAGGCAGUAACCCUGUACAGAUAGCCAUAUAUAUAAGGCUUCAUAUUCUCCCUUAGAUCAGGGAGGGGAGAUUGGCCUCACUGUGCUAAAGCAGAGCCUUCUGUACACGACGACUGAGACCGCCUGGGUUGAACCCCUGCUCCUUAACGCUCACGGGGUUCGGCGGGCGCACCAAGGAGCAAACUCUGUUGAGCCCGCACCGUGAACACAAUCAGGAGAUAAACUGUGAAGUUUGUUUUUCAAGUUCAAGUUUAUUUUUGCACCUGCUGUCUUAUUUGUAUUUUAUAUCGAAGACUGAGAUGCCUUGAGCUGGAGAUUUUAAUAUAAAUAUAUCUGUGUAUUUGUGUGUUUUUAAAUAUCCCUAUCUUUGUCAACAGCCAAAAUAAAGUGUUCUGUCAGUGUGCGCAGCAGUCCUAA